GUAUUGUUUGAACCACCGUGAAGACAAGAGGACCUUCAGUCUGUCCUUCUGUCUGUCUUCUCCUGCUGUGACAGACAUUAAAUACUGUACCGUUUAUAUAACAAGCAGGUUAACGAACAGUAGCUUGACGUGGAAGUACAAGAGGACAACAGAAAUGUCUCUGGAGGACUAGGACAUCUUGUUUCAGAGGACGGAUCAUAAGGACUGCAGAUAAACAACAACAGCUCUGUGUUGACAUCUCUGCUAACACUGACUGUGGGGCUACCAUUAGCUGGUUGAUGUUAUCUAGCUCUGUAGGCUGCUACAGGUUAAAUUACUCAGUGCAGUCUCUCCACACAAGGUAACGUUAUUGUAGUGUUAUUGUGAGCAUGUUUGCAGAGCCCUGCUAUGGGCAACAGCAGCUAUGACGCUAGGUGCAACGUUAGCCACAGGGUUAUGUCACUGUCAGGCUAACAGAUAGCUCUCUGUAGCUGCAGCUGCUUCUCCACUCUUUUGCAUGGUCAUGUCCUGCAGGGUGGGCAUCAUGUAGACUGUCCCCUCUCAUCAGGUUCAGGUGACAGGAGGACACAUUAGUGUGUUAAGUGAGCCUCCUUGGAGAGUAAUGCAAAGCUGGAUUGCAUCCAUCCAACUGGGUCAAAGACUGAGGACAGCUGGCACUGAUAACAGUUUAGCUCAGGAUUGUUUGUUAGCCAUGCUCAACAAUCCAGUCUGUUCUGUUUGAUAUUACAAAAACAUCCAAUACAGGACAUGUGAAUGCAUCAUGUCCUGACUGCAUCUCUUAUUUAUGCAAACAUCAGAGCAGCCUGUCAUGAAGUAAAAGCCGCAGUGCAAGAAGCAGUAUCAAACCAGGACUGAGAGCAUUCAUUUGCUCCAGGGAUUGUUUUUCUGAAGAGGAGAGCAUCAACAUUUCAGGCUACAACCACCAAGUGUCCAGCAUCAACUGGACCAUCAUCAGAUCCCAUGGCAAUGGAGCCUGUGGGAGAUUUUGAGUACAGCAGAAAAGACCUGGUUGGACAUGGAGCCUUUGCUGUGGUGUUCAAAGGAAGACAUAGGAAGAAGACAGAUUGGGAGGUGGCCAUCAAGAGCAUUAAUAAGAAGAACCUGUCCAAGUCCCAGAUCCUUCUUGGCAAGGAAAUCAAAAUCCUCAAGGAGCUGCAGCAUGAAAACAUUGUGGCACUUUACGAUGUCCAGGAAACACCCAACUCCGUGUUCCUGGUCAUGGAGUACUGUAAUGGAGGUGAUCUCGCCGACUAUCUGCAAGCAAAGGGGACACUGAGAGAAGACACACUGAGGGUUUUCCUCCAGCAGAUUUCUGCUGCCAUGCGCAUCCUCAACAGCAAAGGAAUCAUCCACCGUGAUCUGAAACCACAGAACAUCCUGCUGUCGUACGUGGGUCGCAAGAAGUCCAGCAUCAGCGGCAUCCGCAUCAAAAUAGCUGACUUUGGCUUUGCACGGUACCUCCAGAGCAACAUGAUGGCAGCCACACUAUGUGGGUCACCCAUGUACAUGGCCCCAGAGGUCAUCAUGUCCCAGAACUACGAUGCCAAGGCCGACCUGUGGAGCAUAGGGACGGUCAUUUACCAGUGUCUGGUCGGCAAGCCACCGUUCCAGGCCAAUAGUCCCCAAGACCUGAGGAUGUUCUAUGAGAAGAACAAGAACCUACAACCUAUCAUCCCACGGGAGACAUCCCAACAACUUGGCCACCUUCUGCUUGGGCUGCUGCAGAGGAAUCAGAAAGACAGGAUGGACUUUGACGCAUUCUUUAGCCAUCCUUUCCUGGAGCCGUCACCCACCAUUAAAAAAUCGUGUCCGGUGCCGGUCCCCAGCGCCUCCAACGCGACAGUGACGGACAGCUCCUGUGGUAGCUCCCCAUGCAUCCGCUACAACUCCCCUCCUUCUCUCCCGGACAUGCAGACACUAGCAGAAGAUGGUCUGUCAUCCCCUCCGCUCGGUCCGCCCAACUUCCUGCAGCUGUCCAAAGAGUCUGCAGGAAGCACCAGCAGUAAGAACUCGUCGAGUGACACUGACGACUUUGUCCUGGUGCCUCACCUCUCUACUGACAGCUAUGACCAGCCGAUGGGAGCAGGUCGUCGGCCGUCCACUGAGUUCCUCAUGUGUGCAGGGCAGCCGCAGCCUACCCCGGGACAGACCCCCAUCAGCCCACGGGCUGAGACCACCCCGAUCCCUGUUCCCACCCAGAUCCGCAACUACCAGCGCAUCAAGCAGAACCUCUCCAGCAGCCCGACGACCACACUGUACAGCUCCCCCAGGUCUGGCACAGUGAGGCGAUCCAACACUAGUCCUAUGGGGUUUCCCAAGGUGGGCUCGGGUUCCCCCAGCUCUGCAGACGUCCCUCAGACUGUAGGCCGACGUCUCUCCAUUGGCAGCUCCCGGCCCUACUCCCCGUCACCUCUUGUGGGAACCAUCCCGGAGCAGCUGGGUCACUGCUGCUGUCACCUGCAGAACCAUGAGCCUCGUAGCCGCAGCUCCUCUGGAGGUUCCCCCGUCCCAUCCUCUCAGCUCUUGGGGGCUCGGCUCCAGAGUGCCCCCACACUCACCGAGGUCUACCAGACCAGGCAGAAACUCCACAAGCAGUUAUCAGACCCCGUUCAGCCCUCCUCCUCCUCCUCCUGCAGUCAUUCUCCUCAGCUCGGCCGACCGGCCAACCUCGGCUCAUCCCCCACCAAGCUCCUGGGCUCCUCCCCCCGCAUGCACGACUGGCUGCAGAAGUCCCCGCUGCCCACCAUCAUUGGCUCCCCGACUAAGACCAUUUCGGCGCCGUUCAAGAUUCCCAAAACGCAGGCGUCCUGUAACUUGAUGGCGCUGGCGGACAGCCCCGUGCCCACUAAGACGUUGGCAGAUGCCCGGGAUAUCUGUGCCCACCACUGCAGCCCGUACCUCACCGGACGCCCAGCUGCCCCUGAGGCCAGCAGGACCUUCGGCAGGUCUGUUAGUACAGGUCGUCUGUCUGAGCAGCCAAUCAGAAUCAAUCUGGGUGGACAGGCCUAUCAGGGCAGCAAUGACAGCUUGAACACAGAGCGACCUAUGGACACAGCCCCUGCAGGUCCCAGUGGGCUGGUCCAGGUCGGGUCAGGGAGUCCUCGUACUGUCCUUUUCACCGUGGGUUCCCCGCCCAAUAGCAGCACUCCUCCUACCUGCAGCCACCUGGGCACACGACCACGCACCACCUCAGUGGGCUCCAACAGUUCGGCCGGCUCCCUGUGCUCCACCAGCGGGCGGGUCUAUGUCGGAUCUCCUCCAGGCAUGGCCUUGGGCACCUCGCCUCCGGCAGGCUUUGGGGGCGGGCAGGUAGUCCCUGGGAAUGAGGGGGCACCCAGCAGCCUGCGUUAUGUCCCCUAUGGGACCUCCCCUCCCAGCUUGGAGGGAUUCAUCACAUUCGAAGCCCCGGAGCUGCCUGAGGAGACCCUCAUGGAGCGUGAGCAUACAGACACUCUGAUGCACCUACGGAUGAUGCUUUCAUUCACCGACUGCGUCCUGGAGAUGGCGGCAGUGCGAGCUGGAGGGACAGAGCUUGGCUUGUCGGCCGCCUCACUCUACCCUCCCCAGGACAGUGUGGUUGUGGACCAGAUCAGCCAGCUCAGCAAAGAGUGGGGGCAGGUGGAGCAGCUGGUGCUCUACAUGAAGGCAGCUCAGCUCCUGGCUUCCUCUCUCCAUAUGGCCAAGGCUCAGAUUAAAUCAACUAAACUCAAUCCUUCCAGUGCUGUCAAACAGGUGGUGAAGAGUCUGAAUGAGCGUUACAAAAGCUGCAUCUCCCUCUGCCGGCGGCUGACUGACAAACUCAACCACUUCUUCUCCGAUAAGCAGCGCUUUGUGGACGAAAUCAACAGCGUCACCGCAGAGAAGCUCAUCUACAAUCAGGCUGUGGAGAUGGUUCAGUCAGCAGCUCUGGAUGAGAUGUUCAAGCAGACAGAAGAUAUAGCCUACCGCUACAGCAAGGCCGCCAUGCUGCUGGACGGCCUGUCCAAGAUCCUACAGGACCCCACUGACAUUGAGAACGUGGUCAAGUACAAGGCCAGCGUGGACCGCAGGAUCUCAGCCCUCUGCUACUGCACUGUCACACUGUACGAGUAGCAUCCCUCACAUGAACAAGCUUACUCACGCACACAGAGGGACCACGUCCUAAGACUAUUGACUACCAUCCUCACAAAGCCGCUGUUCCCUCCUGUAGCAGUUCAAGCACUUUUCAUUUAAUAGGAUUCAUCUGUAAUUAUCAUCAUACUGGCUGCAUCACGGACUGACCUGUGACAAGCGACUGAUGCACAAAAUAACAACCAAAGAUGACAACGGAUCCAGAAACAAUAGGCUGAAACCGGAUGUGGACAUAAAGCAUGCACUUUCAAGUGCAUUUUCCUACAUACGCUAUGAUGGUGGAAAACCAUCUGAUCGACACAAAUAAAAUCUAACGUCCAUCUUUCACGAUAUCAUUUGUUUUUUACCAGAAGAAAAAGAGGAUGGACAGGACUAUGAGACGGUGUUGUGGGCUACAAGAGACUCGAACUCCCCAUGAAGCAGUUCAUCUUUUUUAAAUCCUUACUAUGUGAUAUCAGUGGUUAUUUACUCUGUGUUUAACUUGUUCUUAUUUAUUGGUUCAGAAGAACAUGGAUGUUUGAGUCUCCUGCCUAUCUUGAAAACCUCAAGUAUUGGAGUGGAAAAUGGAAGAAAUAAGCAAAAGGCUUAUGGCCGAUCACUGUAACAGAUCCAACAACGUGGAUCUUUACACAAAACACAAACUCUCGUUACAGAAACUAGAAAGCCAUGCGAGCAAAGGAACCUGUAGAUUUGUAACAGCUUUGUUUUUAUUGUCUUGUGUUGUUAGCUCAAGCACUUUAUUGUGGAUUGAGAGGAAGAGACGUGUAUCUGUGCAAGUUCUGAAGGUAGAAAUGUGAAGGCAGGAGAAGGGUUUUCUAAUCACUCCUGCUCCCACUCUCAAAACUGAACUGCUCUGUAUGCAUGAGAAACAAGUCUACCGAAUGCAUACAUUUCCCAUAAGGCAGAGCAACCGGGGGAACAACUUUACGGGGCCUCUUCUGUCAAGAUCGACCAUAUGUUUGACAGAACCACAUUUCUCCUGUCAGCUGAUGUAAAUUCAUAUAUUUAAAGGGGCAUGCCACCGAUUUUACACAUGAAAUCAGUUUACUUGUCACAAGGAGCCCCUCCUCAGCCUGUGAAUUGUAAAAUGUCUUCUGUGACUCUGAGGGGAGAUUGUAACCCGGAUGAUGUCAUCAGGGUUAUCUUGAUUUGGGCUUGGAGACUACAACUUUUUAACAGAAAGGCUGUGUUAUAAACUGGGGCUGUGGAGUUUGAAAUAUGGCAGAUGGUAUCAGGUUGCAUUAUGGGAGGUGGAGGAUAUUGGAGUGUUUUUGGAUCUUGACCCUUAUUAGGGAUUAAAAGCAAGGAUAUAUCGGCCUGUGCUGCUUCAAAUUUGACCAUUCUUUAUUUAAUUUGUCUCUCGCAAGUUGUCCAAUUUAAUGGAAGUGUAAUGCUAAAUCGGGGGAAUAUCCCUUUAAUUCCAGAAACGCUUGUUGUGUAUGGCAUAUGAAGAAAUGGGCUACAAUUUGAAUGCAGCUAUUUUAUGGCUUCCCUGUUCUUUAUCAUCGACAUGACAGACGCAGUGCUUCUCAAACCAACAUAAUCCCUUCUCCUGUCACCACUGUAGUGCUGAACAACCAGUCAGCGUCCACUUUAAACCCUGAUGGAGUGUAUUGUGAAACUGGAUGGUCAUAUUACUUGACAAGUUACCUUAAUAAUAAGUUUUAUUUUACUAAAAUACUACAGCUUUUUAUGUUCUGUCAGUAUCUGUAGCAAUUUUUUUUAACAAAACUUGAUGUUUGCAAACUUGUAUAUAUUUGUAUGUGGUGCAUGUGAUGAUUCCUUUUCCCCUCUUUUUGGGAGGGGAGCGAGUGUGUGUGUGUGAGGUCACAGUUUGAGUUUUGGGGGUAUUCGAUGAUACCAUCAGAUGGCCUGCCUGUCGGUCAAAGAGCACAAAUCUUUAUAUGUACAUAGAUGAAUUUGAUACAUUUUAUUCAUGUCUGCCAAGGGUUUGAUAAGGAAACCUAUUUUGGCACAACAGGGGUGUGCCAAAGAAUAAAAUAUAACUCGUGGCAGCUCCAAAACUUUCCAGAGAACUCUUUCUACCAGGACUGUUCGUUGUUGAGAUCAAGACACAUAUUUGUUCAGUGGGUCUUAUGAAAUUUUCUGAAAUGAGCAUGAUGUCUUCAGAUUUCAUACUCAUUUCCCAAAAUGUUGUAAUACUUGAUUUGUCACAAUCUGCACUGCCUAGCAUCCCCUCUGUCCCUCUGCCUCCCCUCGAGUCGUCUGCUGUGCUCCCAACAGUGUCUGUACUGUAUGUAUGUAUGUAUGAGUGUAUAUAUACACAUGUGCACUUGCCAGGUGUGCAUUAAGGCCAGUAGUAUACAGUUAACGAUGGAAAAAGGAGGUGCCUUCUUCUUGUGAAAGCAGACAAAGGCCUACUCCUCUGUACAGGUGUGAAUACAUUCUUUUUCUGUGUAAAAAUGUUUAUAAAUGCAUUCACAGGCACCCAGCGGUCUCUGGGCCUGUUUCUCUGAUGUACUGUUCUUUUUCUGAGACAUAUCUGGGUUUCAGUUUCCCUCGUCCUUGUCAUGAGCACUCUGAACCACACAAAGCCUUUUACUGCACACAGAGUGAAGAGGGACAAAUAAAGCUGAUGGAAAACCGCCUGAAUCUUUGCUCUGUACCAUUUUGUCCAUGGACUGUAAGUGAAGAUGGACUGUUUUAGAUAAAGCAUGGGUACCAAGUCUGCAUUUUACCCCCUAGAGCCUCUAGAAUCUUGAAUGUAUGUACCCUGUUGUUUUUGCGCCUCUCCAGCUUGAUCUGAAUGCAUUUUGAAGAAACCCGCCGUCUGUAAAGACCCUGAAAAUGCAACACUUUCCAAGCAACGAUUUUUAAAAGAGAAAUGUUAAUGUUAUACUUGUGUCCCUCACCAAGGGGUGUCUGUCUUUGUUCUUUAUGGAACACAAAUACAGUCUUUGUUAUUAAAAAGAGAAAAAAAAAUGAAA